AGAAUCAUUACAUCUAGGCUCAAUGUGCUCUAAGCACCCUAGCCUCCCUGCUUCUUUCCAGACCCCGGAGCAUGUUAUGCUUGAGGAUUUUUUUCUUUAAUAUUUUAUUUGUUAGACACACACACACACAGAGGCAGAGACACAGGCAGAGGGAGAAGCAGGCUCCCUGCAGGGAGCCUGAGGCGGGACUCGAUCCCAGGACCCCGGGGUCACGGCCUGAGCCAAAGGCAGAUGCUCAACCGCUGAGCCACCCGGGCUGCCCCUGCUCGAGGACUUUAAACUUGCUGUCCCCUUUGCCUGCAACAUCCUUCCCUGAGAUUCCUGCAAGGCUCGCUAUACUUGCAUUCAGCUCUCCGUUCAAGUGCCAACUCCAGGAGGUCUUUCCCGACUAUCUCACCUAGAACGGCCCACGCCUUACCUCGUUCCUCUACCACUCAGUAUUUCCUAUCAUUUCGGUUUACCGUUUGCCCCUCUCUAGAACGUGAAGUUCCUAUGGAGCAGGGAAUGUAUUUCCCUGGCGUCUUGAAUACAUGCAUGCUUGGCACCAGAGCAGGAAUCCUGCUGGAUAGAAUGCACCUGGACUGGACUUCUCCUGCUUAACUGCAUCCCUGGCUCCGGGAGCUCACCUCACUCAGAUAUGAUUGAUUACAACAUCCUUGUAUAAAUUAAUUCUUGUAAACUCCUUGGGAUUUGAAGAGAAAAUGCCUGGUGUCAUACCUAGUGAAAGUAAUGGGCUUUCAAGAGGUAGCCCGUCAAAGAAAAACAGACUUUCCUUGAAGUUUUUUCAGAAAAAGGAAACCAAGAGAGCCUUGGAUUUCACGGAUUCUCAAGAAAAUGAAGAAAAGGCUUCUGAAUAUAGAGGAUCUGAAAUUGAUCAAGUUGUCCCUGCAGCACAGUCCUCACCUGUACACUGUGAGAAGAGAGAAAACUUACUACCCUUUGUGGGACUGAAUAAUCUCGGCAACACUUGUUACCUUAAUAGUAUACUUCAGGUAUUAUACUUUUGUCCUGGUUUUAAAUCUGGAGUGAAGCACUUAUUCAACAUUAUUUCAAGGAAGAAAGAAGCCCUAAAAGAUGAAGCCAAUCAAAAAGAUAAGGGAAAUUGCAAAGAAGAUUCUUUGGCAAGUUAUGAACUGAUAUGCAGUUUACAGUCCUUGAUCAUUUCAGUUGAACAGCUUCAGGCUAGCUUUCUCUUAAAUCCAGAAAAAUACACUGAUGAACUUGCUACUCAGCCAAGGCGACUGCUUAACACACUCAGGGAACUCAACCCUAUGUAUGAAGGAUAUCUACAGCAUGAUGCACAGGAAGUAUUACAGUGUAUUUUGGGAAACAUUCAAGAAACAUGCCAACUCCUAAAAAAAGAAGAAGUAAAAAAUGUGGUAGAAUUAUCUACUAAGAUAGAAGAAAAACCUCAUCAGAAAGAGGAAACGAGUGGUAUUAACAGCAUAGAGAUGGACAAUCUUAGGCCUUCUGAAGAUUAUAAAGAAAAACUCCCAAAAGGAAAUGGGAAAAGAAAAAGUGACACUGAAUUUGGUAACAUGAAGAAAAAAGUUAAAGUAUCCAAGGAACACCAGUCAUUGGAAGAGAACCAGAGACAAACCAGAUCAAAAAGGAAAGCUACAGGUGAUACGUUAGAGAUUCCUUCUAAAAUAAUCCCCAAGUGUGUUUCUGAAAAUGAAAGUGCAAGACCCUCACAAAAGAAAUCAAGAGUUAAAAUAAAUUGGUUAAAGCCUGCAACUAAGCAACCCAGCAUUCUUUCUAAACUCUGUAGUCUGGGGAAAAUAACAACAAACCAGGGAUCCAAAGAACAGUUGAAAGAAAAUGAAUAUGAUCUUGAAGAGGACUUGGGGAAGUGUGAAAAUGAUAACACAACUAAUGGUUGUGAACUUGAAUCUCCAGGGGAUAAUGUUAAGCCCGUUAAUGUUAAUGAAGUUAAGCCCAUAAACAAAGGUGCAGAGCAAAUUGGUUUUGAGCUAGUAGAGAAAUUAUUUCAAGGUCAGCUGGUAUUAAGGACUCGUUGCUUAGAAUGUGAAAGUUUAACAGAAAGAAGAGAAGAUUUUCAGGACAUCAGUGUGCCAGUACAAGAAGAUGAGCUUUCCAAAGUAGAGGAGAGUUCUGAAAUUUCUCCAGAGCCAAAAACAGAAAUGAAGACCCUGAGAUGGGCAAUUUCACAGUUUGCUUCAGUGGAGAGGAUUGUAGGAGAAGAUAAAUAUUUCUGUGAAAAUUGCCAUCAUUAUACUGAAGCCGAACGAAGUCUUUUGUUUGACAAAAUGCCUGAAGUUAUAACUAUUCAUUUGAAGUGCUUUGCUGCUAGUGGCUUGGAGUUUGAUUGUUAUGGUGGUGGACUUUCCAAGAUCAACACUCCUUUACUGACACCUCUUAAAUUGUCACUAGAAGAAUGGAGCACAAAGCCAACCAACGACAGCUAUGGAUUAUUUGCGGUUGUGAUGCACAGUGGCAUUACCAUCAGUAGUGGGCAUUACACUGCUUCUGUUAAAGUCACCGACCUUAACAGUUUAGAACUAGAUAAGGGAAAUUUUGUCAUCGACCAAAUGUGUGAAAUAGGUAAGCCAGAACCAUUGAAUGAGGAGGAAGCAAGGGGUGUGGUUGAAAAUUAUGAUGAUGAUGAAGUGUCAAUUAGAGUUAGUGGAAAUACACAGCCAAGUAAAGUUUUGAACAAAAAAAAUGUAGAAGCUAUUGGACUUCUUGGAGGACAAAAGAGCAAAGCAGAUUAUGAGCUAUACAACAAAGCAUCUAAUCCUGAUAAAGUUGCCAGUACAGCAUUUGCUGAAAAUAGAAAUUCUGAGACUAACAAUAUUAAUGGGACCCAUGAAUUUGAUACAAACAAAGAAUCCAGUGACCAAACAGGCAUUAACUUUAGUGGAUUUGAGAACAAAAUUUCAUGUGUAGUGCAAAGCUUAAAGGAGUAUGAGGGGAAAUGGUUACUUUUUGAUGAUUCUGAAGUGAAAGUUACUGAAGAGAAGGACUUUUUGAAUUCUCUUUCCCCUUCUACAUCUCCUACAUCUACUCCUUAUUUGCUAUUUUAUAAGAAAUUAUAGAGUAUUUUCCUUAUGUGUAUAUUAACAGACCUGGACAAAAGCUGGUAAAGUUGAUUACAUCAAAGAGUCUAGCUUAUCUUUUGAAGCUAUUGGAUAUUAUUGGUCUCUCUAGGUUUUUAUAUAAAUAGUGAAAUUUGAAUUACUGAAAACCAUGUUAAUUUUUAGAAUUUCCAGUAGUAGAGACUAGUGAUGCAUUAGCUUCUGGGAACAAACUUGUAUAGGUUCUUAAUUAUCCAAAUGGAAGCAUUUAAACACUUUUGAAUUUACACCUAUCUUUUGUGUUUGCUUUUUAAAAUAAAGUGCUUGUAUUUGUAUCUCCAGAUUUUGGAGUAAUUAUCUAUUUGAUGUUUAUAGGUCCUGUGGUUUUUCAGCUAAGAAGCAGAAUCUCAUUUCAGUACAUUUAGUUUUAUAAGUCAUGAAGCCAGAUCUUUAAUGGGCUGUAUUUAGAGGCACAAAGUCCUGGGAUAUGUGUGUAUUCACAGUAGUGUACAUUUUGUGCCUUGAGUCACUUUGAAAAGUGUCUCAGAAAACCUGGACGGCCAGUUCCCUUCUAUCUUCACAAGAAUUUUAUAUGUAUUUAUGAAAAUGAUUCUGUAUUCUAGUAAAUCUUUUUGGGCAUGGACUAAUUUGUAUCUCUUCAUAGUCAUAUUCUGCACGAUCUGUAUAUAGUAUAUCAAAUUUAGAAGUGUGACCUUAAAUUUAACUUUUUUUUUUUUAAAAAACCGGGAGGUCAAUAAAAUUUAAACUGCUUACAACUA